AUGACCGAAAAAGUCGAUAAACUAAUUAUUGACGCUCGUGAGCUCAUAGAGAAAUUUCAAAGUUCAUUUGAGUCUAGCACUGCGACGGCUAAUGAACUUAUAUCUAUCCUGGGCUCCACUCUCAAAAUAGAAAAGGCGAAACUUGAACAACUUCACACUAGUAUUCAAACUGACCGUGCUGAGUUAAAUUCCUUCAUUUCCUCGAAGAUCACAAAGCUUCAGGAGGACUUAGCUACUGAGAGUAAAAUCAUGGAUGCUCUUGCUAUAAAGACUGAAAAGGUGAAAGUCUUAACGGUCAAGUUAGAGAAUGCUGAGAAACGAGUCAAUGAUCUGCUAUCAGAAAAACCGGUUAUGAAAAGUUGUAUAGCAGAUGUGAAGCUCUACCUUCCGACAUCAUUGAGACUCGUGACUCGAUGA